AUGGCCACGCUAGCAGGUGUUCUUCCAAAACCAAGACGUCAAUUAUUAAAUUCAGAACAACAGAAUCAAUUUGAACGCAAAUUUGAUGAACUCACGGUUACAAAACAAAAAGAACUACCUCCUCCAUACGGUAAACGGGUAGGAUGGAAACCAAGAGGUUUGGAGGACUUUGGAGACGGUGGUGCGUUUCCUGAACUUCAUAUAGCCCAAUAUCCAUUAGAGAUGGGCCGCAACAAAACGGGCACAAGUGGCGGAGCCCUUCCGUUACAAGUUGACGCAGAAGGCAACAUUAGAUAUGAUGCUAUUGCAAGACAAGGUCAUACCGAAUCUCGAAUUGUUCAUUCACAAUUCAAAGAUUUGGUUCCAGUUAAUCAAAGAUCUGACAUUGAACAAAUAACUUUGGAUAGGCCUAGUGAAGAGGAGGUAAAAGAAACAACCGAAAAGACGAGAGAAGCAUUGGAAAAGAUAGUACAAGGAAAAAUUAAGGCAGCACAGCCAAAAAAUGUUAAAAAUGACAAACCAUUAGAACCAACAUAUAUACGGUACACUCCUGGACAACAAGGCGAAGCUUAUAAUUCAGGUGCAACACAAAGAAUUAUUAGAAUGGUAGAAAUGCCUGUUGAUCCAAUGGAACCACCAAAAUUCAAACACAAAAAAAUUCCGCGUGGCCCACCGUCACCACCAGCACCUGUAUUACAUUCUCCUCCCCGUAAAGUAUCGGCUAAGGAACAACAAGAAUGGGUAAUUCCUCCAUGUAUAUCCAAUUGGAAGAACGCAAAAGGAUACACCAUUCCACUUGAUAAACGUUUAGCCGCAGAUGGACGCGGCUUACAAGAAGUCACUAUAAAUGAUAAUUUUGCAAAAUUAUCUGAAGCACUUUUCACAGCUGACAGGCAUGCUCGUGAAGAAGUUCGACAGCCACAAAAAGCCAGAGAAGAAAGAGCUGGUAUUUCCUCGACGACUUUAAACGCAUCGGAAUCCGAUUCAGAGUCUGAGACAGAGGAGAAAAAGAUUCGAGAGAGAGAAGAUAUAAGACAGGAAAGGCGGAAAGAACGAGAAAAAGAAUAUAGAUUAUCUCGAAUGGGAGCAGAACAAAGAGCAAAAUAUCUCGCUCGUGAGCAAAACAGAGAUAUUUCCGAAAAGAUCGCUUUGGGUCUUGCAAAACCCACACUUAGUAAAGAUAGUCUCUAUGAUUCUCGAUUAUUCAAUCAAUCAGAAGGUCUUUCAUCAGGAUUUAAGGAUGAUGAAGUUUAUGAUCUGUAUGAUAAACCACUUUUUGCUAGUUCAAGUUCCACAAGUAUAUAUAAUCCUAAAAAAAAUUAUGAUACCGAUCAAUAUGGUGGUGGAGAUGAAGAAAGUAUUAACAGAAUGCUAAGUGUUGAUAGAUUUGGGAUUGCUUCAAAAGGUUUCCAAGGAGCUGAUAAAAGCCAGUCAAGAGAUGGACCUGUGGAAUUUGAAAAAGAAGAAGCAGAUCCAUUUGGGUUUAAUCAGUUCUUAGAUGAUGCUAAAAAAGGAAGUAAACGUGGGCUAGAGACGAUAUCUGAAAGCAGCAAAAGAAAGAAAGUUGCAUGA